AGGACCUAUUGAUCGAUUCAGACGAUGGAUGGAAGUCAUCAGGAGUAUCGAUGUAACAAUUCUGAAGCGUUCAGUAGAUCUAAGCGAGUUACUUGAGCCGUUCGAUUUGCUGAUAGAGACGGUAUUUGGCUUGAAAAUUGACAUUGUACAAAAUGUUAUUAUGACGAACAAAUCAGCCUGUGUGUCUAAGAUCAGUAAUCCAAUAUUGCUCAGUUACAUACUGCACGAAAUUGCAUGGACUGAACGCCGAAACAGCGACAUUAUUCUGUCCUUGAAAGAUAUAUAUUUAAUCAUGUGGAUGGCAGGGUUGAUGCCUUUAAUCCUGGAAGUCCAAAACCCAAUCCACCAAGAGUUUGUAUUGAACAUCUUAAAUAAGCUGAAAAAGCACCGAUACAAACGGCAAUAUAUUCUGAUUGCAAACGAUGUGAUGACGAAAUCAUAUCAACUUUCCUUUGCUUCCAAUUUAGGUGACAUUAUUGCGAAUAUGAAUGUGGAAGUGCUGGAAGACAUUAACCUGCAUGUCACCGAAGAAUUUUCCAUAGAAUUAGGCACUAUCCAGCAGUCUGAUCCGUUGUUUGCAAAGUCGAUAUCACCUAGAGAGUUUUUCUACAUGACUUUAGGAAAAUCAUUAUUAAAACCCGAUUGGAGUAGUGGGGAACAUACCAAAAUUGUCUUGUCCGAAGACGUAAUGACUGCACUGAACUAUCAUCUCGAAGCCAAAAGAGAGACUCAGGGCAUCAGAACAGUAAUAGCAAAUUCCAUCACACAUGAAUCAGAAACACACUGGCUGAGAGGAAUCAAUCCAAAAAUGUUUCAAUGAACCAAAUUCUUAUAAUGUGAUAUUUUAAAAAUUACUUAUCACAUAAUGAGUAAUACGAUCGUAGACAACAUUAUAUGAAUAUUGUACAGGGAUAGUUCUCUGCGCAGCACCCAAUUUUUGGUAUCUUUAAAAUAACAAGUAAAACAAAAAGCAUUUAUGUAAAAGUGUUGUAAUUUUAGACAGAGUAAUUUUUCCUUGCAAUAGAAAUAUUAUACAAACUUGUAUAAUAAAAAAGCUUUAAAUCGGGAUUCAUAUGUCCUGCACUCAAUUCGAAGUAUAUUCCUAGUGUUCCAAUAAGGGAGGCUAUCAGCCAUAUAUCGGAAACUACUAGGCUUAGAACUUCAGUGAUAAAAUUCUCAGCAGUAAACUAGGAAGGCUCGUAUGAAAGAGAAGGGGUAGAUAUCACGGAUCGAGAUGAUAUAAUGGGGCAGUGAUGCGUCUCAAACAGCCUCUCCUGCCCAAAUGUCAACCUCACCUGUACCCGGUGAACCCUGCUUUCUACAGACGAGGCUCUAUCGACCGAGGCACGGCAGUAUAACAGCUAAAACGAGGCUGAGAAAAUGAAGAAAAUUCAGAUAUAGAAAAGAAGGAGGCAGACCUUACCUGGAGAGUAAUAGAGAGCACAAUUAACAAUAUCCAAGAGCAACAGAUAGGGUUCAUUAAAAGCAAUAAAAAGCAAGGUGGAUGACGCUGGAAAUACUGUCCUUGAUGGAUGCAGAAGGAGCAAAACCAAGACAAAUACAGAGAACUCAACAAAAUGAUUAAAAGAAAGUGCAGAGAAGCCACAGAUCGAUGGUAGUCAGCAAAAUAUCAGGAGAUCACUACAAGCAAAACCCAAUACACUAAACGAACACAAGAAAGUUAAAGCUCUAGUGGGAAGAUGUCGAAAGCAACCAGCAGCAGUUUUGAAAGAUGCCAAGGGAGAAAUCGUAGCUGGACUAGAAGAAAAACUUAAAAGAUGGAAAGAAUAUGUUGAAACGCUAUUCAAAGACAACAGAUCUACCCUUUCACCAAAAAGCGACGAAGCUGACUUGGACAUAUUAUUAGGGGCAGCCGAUACGAAGUCCUGAAACUCAUCAUCGAAAGGAAGAUUCAGUGAAAAAUAUCUAUCGGAAGACGCCAGAAAACAUGGAUGAAGGACAUCCGCAGAGGUUUUCCGAGCAGCUGUUUCCAAAACAACACUGGCCAUUUGGGUCGCCAACCUUCCCAAGGAGAAGGCGAGAUGACAAGAAGAAGAACCCGCGCUGGCCUGCGUGGUAGAAGCAUUUGGACAACAAAUUCUCAAGAAAUGAAGAUGGAAUUUUUAAAUAGAUCUCCAGUCGAGUAGGACUGAAUAUCCAGAAUCCCGCACCGGAACAUUCAAAGACAGAAUUGUACUGUAAGAGGAAAAGUUUGCCGAUAUGAAAAAUGAGUUAAAAAUCAUCUAAUGGGACAUUGUAGGUGUCAGUGAGAUAAGAAGGCGGGGCAAAAGUCUCGAGACUCUCAAGUUGGGACACAUCUUUUACCAUAAAGGUGAGGAAAACAAAUCAAUUGGUGUAGGAUACUUUAUACAGAGAAAUCUGGCAAGAAACAUAGUAACGAUCCAAAAUCAUCCUGAAAAUAAGCACAAGGUAUAAGCUAAAAAUUAUGCAAGUUUACCCCCCAUGAAAGACCAUAACGAUGAAGAAGUAGAAAUAUUCUACGACAGCGUAUCCAAAGCCAUGACAGAGAACCACAGUGAUUUCACAAUUAUUAGUGGUGAUUUCAAUAGGAAAAUCAGAACAAAAUCAGACCUGCGAGAAACUGUUUUUGGUAAAUUCGGCAGCCCAAGCACAAAUUUUAAUGAUCGGGAGGAAACUUUGCUAAACUACUUCUAUACAAAAAUUCAUAGAUGGGAAAACACACAAUUAGACUAUCUAUUAAUGGACAAGACGCACUUAUCUAAAUUUCGUAGAUAAGAGCAACUAUUGAAAUGCGCAUCGACAGGGAAGAUGUAAAAUGAUGAAAAAUACGGCUUGGAAUCACCCGACAAACGCAACACAAUUUGAAAUUUACAUAUGUACGACAUAAAUGAUUUGAACAACAAAAUUGUGAACACGGUAAAGGAAGCACAGGAUGAGUUCUGCACAAAAACCGAAAAUCAGUGCAGAGACAAAAGCGAAAAUGGAACAGAGAAGAGAACUGAGGAGCGAAAAAAAUGUAAGCGAGGAUAUUAUUAGGGAAUUAAAUAAGGAUAUUUAUAAAUCCGUAAAGAGAUAUAUGAGGAGAUAUAAAAACGAGAGAAUAAUACAGACAAUUGAAGAAAAUAAAAGCAUGAAGGUGAAGGAGGAAAUUUGCAAAUGACAAAGAGGAAAUUCUCAAAAUGAGUGAUUAAACUGGCAAAACAAUAAACAACAGGGAAGGACUACUACGAAUAGUGGAGAAAUUCUACUUGUUUCAAGUUUUUCAAGAAAUUCAGUUUGAAAACUUCCCACCCUAAAUAUCUUUCUUGCUGUCAUUUGAACACAUAACUUCCAUCAUGAGAAAAAAAGCUCAACAACUUAAUUUUACCAUAAAAGUUGCAUAUUUAUUUUUAAUAAACCGAGUUAAAAUAAAACGAAAGUUAAAGAAACUUUACAAUUUUAAACGAACUUCUUAUGGAAAGUAAAACUAUUAAUCCAGAUACCCAAGAACUGCCUGAGAUAUACUCAUGUCAGAUGAUACUUACUGUUCGAUAAUUUGCUCUCUCUCAAAAAAAGAGGAAA